CCCAAUGCUUGGUUUACCUGUCAAGAACGGUAUAUAAGAGCAGCUCUUUGUCUCGUCCAGCAUAUCAAGACAGGAAAGCUGAGGCUGUAGUCUGAUGCUGAAGUAAAGGAAAGAAGGUGAUUAUCGUCUUCCAUCUGCAUCAUGAAGGUUCUGACUGGACUGUUUGUUUGUGCCUUGUUGGCUCUGAAUCAAGCUGCUGAUGUCAUAGAGGUACCUGAGAUUGAUGAAACUUUUUAUAAAGUUGAAGCUGGAAACUGGACAGAUCCAGAAGAUGUGGGAUUCAAACUUGCAGCUGAGGAGACUGCUGCAGAUGAGCACAGUCAGAUCCAUCGUCUUCAUCUGGAAGGUUCACGGUACCACAACCAAGGUGCCAAGAGAGGCCUGCCCACCAGGACUCAGAGAUCAGCAACACACCUGCUCAAGGGUUCUUGUCCUGUUGGUUGGUGGAAGUUCAACAAUCGCUGCUUCAUUUUCAUUCCAAACCGCAUGACUUGGGCAAGAGCUCAGAGAAACUGUGGGUUUAUGCAGGCAACUCUAGCAUCUGUCCAUGACGAUCAAGAGUAUUAUCACAUUCAGAGGGUGAUUGCAGCUUCAGCUCCUGACUCACCGCUCACAUGGAUUGGAGGCUCUGAUGCACAGGAGGAAAGGAUUUGGCUGUGGAGUGAUGGACGGCCCUUCCACUACUCAAACUGGUGUCCUGGAGAGCCGAAUAAUCUUAAAAGCCAGCACUGUAUGCAGAUGAAUGCUGAAGCAUCAAAGUGCUGGGAUGAUAUGCAGUGCAAGAAGCUUCUUCCUUCUGUCUGUGCCAAAAAUGCCUGAGGCCUCACUCAGAGAUGUGAUGUCAGAAAUGCCGCAAACAAGGGUGGAUGUUUGGUUAAAAAAAAUAACAAAAAAAUUCUCAGAGUUUAUAUAGACAUUUGUUAAACUAAACAGUAUUAUUUUGAUAAUUAGUUGAAAAAUACUUCACAACCAAUUAUAUCACAUAGCUUUCACCUAAAAUGCAUAUGGGUUUCUCCCACGCUUUGUUUUUUACUCAAUAUUAUCCAAGACAAUUUCCUUUUCUCUGCUUCAAAGUUUUACCGCUUAACCUGCAGCCUCUAUAAUAUAAAAAUACUAACUUAACACAUGCAUAUAUUAGCCCUCUUUGAUCAACAUAAUUGAAAAAAAGAGAAAAAUCCAGACCUGGCAGUAUUUAGUUUUAUUCUAAGAAAAUACCAUUUUUAAUAAAGAUAUAAAAUUGAACAAACAUUGUGGUCUUUUGUAAACCUGUAACAACACUGAUGCAGUGAAGUAUUGGUCUCACUCUGGCUCAGUGGAUGGAGUAAUCUUGCAAUUUCAGCUUCCUGAUGUGCCCCUGGGCAAGGCACAUAACUUCAAGUUGCCUAUAUAUCAGCAUAUAUAUGUAUAAAUAUCUGCUACUUAAUAUGCAAUAAAAAUACAACAGUGCAAAUUACUCUGUUUUGUGAACUGUUGUUUAAGUUGUUAAAUUGUACUUUUUUGCCAUGCACAAUAUAUGUGGGCUGAAACUGAGAAGUUGUAGACAUAUAUUUUACAUUAAUAAAACGUGAUUAAUUUUGUAUUUUAUCAUUCCUGUCAAAACAUAUACACAAUGUUUGCAGCAACUCAGUUUGUUAACCCAGAGAAGAGGAAAACACAGCUUUUUAAUUUCUAGCGCACAGCUGCACGCUUAAUUGUGAUUUCCUUUAUAGCCUCAAAAAUGCGGUCUACAAAUUUCUCUCAAGUGCAAAAAUGUUCCCCUAUUUCUCUAGAAAGGUUAACAUUGAUCAAUAGUCUUGUGGAGAACAUGGUAGAGGUUGGAGAGUAUGAUGUUAGACAAAUGUUUAAUCUCAUCAUAAGUUAGGGUUGUAUAAACAUCUAAAAGCUGCUCUGAUCUCUUUGUGUGUUCUGCAUGUGGGUCAAACAUCUUAAGAAAGACAUGACACUAGGGGAUGUUUUUUUUUAAAGAUGAGAAAAAACAAACCUCAUCCUUCUUUUUCUCCACCUAUUCCUCCUCCUCCACCUGUUUCCACUGGUCAGUUGGACACGGUUGAUCUUUGUCCUAAAUCGUCAUGUCAAAAGAUUUUAUUUCACAGCCUCACAAAUAAAGACAUCCUAUG